AUGAGAAUGUUCGGACUGCCGGUACAAUUACUUAUGCCUUUUCUAGUUUUACUCUGCCCCUCCUGGCGUCCUUACACUAAGGAUACGUCCGGAGCCAGGCGGCCGCCCCCGGGUGCCUUAGGCACCCUCCAGUACCGUAUUCCAAGACGGGAAGUUCCUAAUGAUCAAAGAUCAUCUUGUUGGGCCUUCUAUGCCUUCUAUGAUGGCUUACCGUGUUGGUCUCUAAGCUGGACUUUUUGGUUUUCCCGAAUACAAGCUACUAAAUCGGCUCUCCAAGCCAUAAUAAUGAAUCGAAUAGGGGAUUGGGCAUUAAUGAUUGCCUUAUUCGCUUAUUUCUGCCUCUCUGGAUCUCUAGAGUUUUCUACACUGAACAGCUUGGCUCCUUAUUUUGAACCAGCUCUUAUAACUGUAUUAUCUUUAGGCUUUCUGGUGGGAGGAUUGGCCAAAAGUGCUCAAUUAGGUCUUCAAGAAGGCCCGUUGGG